UGCCUCAGGCGCUCAGUUCGCUCUCUUCCUCGCCGGCGGCGGGAUCAGGAGAAGCCUCCCCGGGGGAGGUGCACAUCGCCAUGUGCGCCUGUCCAAAGAGAGUGAGCGCAUUUGCACGGGUCAAGCCGACAGGUGACUUUCCACAAGACAUGAUCAAGUUCGGGGCAGACAAUAAGACAAUGGAAAUCUACAUUGAGAGAGACCACACGAAAGGAGUUGUCAACAACAAACAGACAGACUGGUCUUUUAAAUUAGAUGGUGUUCUUCACGAUGCCCCUCAGGAUGCGGUUUAUGAAGCAGUAGCCAGAGACUUGGUCUCCCAGGCCCUUAAUGGAUAUAACGGUACUAUAUUAUGCUAUGGGCAAACUGGAGCUGGCAAGACUUUCACUAUGACGGGAACAACGGGAAACUACAAGCACCGAGGGAUCAUACCUCGAGCUAUCCAACAGGUAUUCAAGUCGAUGGAGGAACACGGGAGUCAGUUCAUCACCGUUCGAAUUUCGUACCUGGAAAUCCACAACGAGAUCAUCUUUGACCUUUUAGCCACGACCCCCAGUGACGUCCCUCUGUCUAUAGGAGAGGGACCCCAAGGCGUCUAUGUGAAAGGCUUGACGGUGCACGCAGCCCCCCAUGAAGAAAUUGCUUUAAAUCUCUUGUUCGAGGGGGACACCAACAGAUCUGUUGGUCAACACGCUCUGAACAGGAACUCCUCCAGAUCUCACUGCAUCUUCACUAUUUACAUCGAGUGUCAUUCCAGAAUUCUUUCUGAUGCCCGUUUCGUGACCUCCAAAAUUAACCUGGUGGAUCUAGCAGGCUCAGAGAGGCUGGCAAAGACUAAAUCGGAGGGGUAUGGACUGAAGGAAGCAACUUACAUCAACAGGUCUCUGUCGUACCUGGAACAAGUUAUCAUUGCAUUGUCUGACCGUAACCGGGAACACAUUCCUUUCCGCCAGAGCAAGCUCACCUACACCUUGAAGGAUUCAUUGGGCGGGAAUUGCAACACUGUCCUCGUGGCCAAUAUCUGCAGUGAAGCCAUCCACAUUGUGGAGACGCUGUCCACGCUGCGUUUUGCUACCAGAAUGAAAUGGGUGACCACUGAGCCAAUUGUGAAUGAAAAAAUCAACCCCGAGCGAAUGGUGAAAAUUCUGGAAAAAGAAGUCGCUUACCUGAAGGAGGAGCUGGCUAUGCACAACAGCUUGCUCAACCGCCCUCCAGUGUCUUACGAGCCCCUGAAUGAAAUCCAGGUGGCAGAGAUCAGCUCUCAAGUCCGCCGUUACCUCGAUGGAACCAUAGAUGAGUUAGAUAUUUUGAGCAUCAGACAAAUCCACGAAAUAUUCAACCAGUUCAAAAUGAUUUUGGGCCAGCAAGAGCAGGAAGUGGAAGCCAGGCUGCGAAGUAAAUAUACAUUGAUAGACAAAAAUGACUACGCAACCCUGACUGCAGUUCAAAAGGCAGGGCUGGUUGAUGCCGAGGGCCACCUGGUUGGGGAAGUUGACGGGCAAGGAUUUGGCAUCGGAGUCGCUCCUUUCUCAUCCAAGCCCGGCGGGAAGAAAGCGAAAGCAAAGAGAGGCAAGGAGCAACUCAGCCCCACCCUGAAGAAGGAAGGCCUGGCGAGUCCUCUUUCUGGGAAGGACCUGGAGACCCUUUCCCCGUCCCGCAGCCAGGUAGGGGCAGUCACCAAGGACCCGGAGGCAAGGGAGGGCUUGAUCCGCGAGCAGGACGCCGUCAGCUUCGAGACCCAUCGCUCUGACUCUGCGCCAAAAGAGGAGUCCAGCACGAGGCCCAGUUCCCCACCUGCAAAGACAGCAGCCUUUGAGGACUUCAAGAACGAGCGCGGCAGCGAAAUCAACCGGAUAUUCAAGGAGAACAAAUCCAUCCUGAAUGACCGCAAGAGCAAAAUGAACGAGGUCGCCCAGAGAAUCAACGUGCUCAAAACGGAGAUGGACAACAUCAGGCAGGCGCUGGACUCCCAGAAAUCUGAACGCGAUCAGCAGGGAGAAUACCAGAGCGAGGACGGACAGAUCAUUAUUGACGAAGAGGAGUUCAUGUUGAUUAUGAAGAUGAAGGAUCUGAAGAAACAGUACCGGGUGGAUUACGAGGAGCUGCAGAACCUCCGGUCGGAAGUCCAGUAUUGCCAGCACCUGGUGGACCAGUGCCGCAACAGGCUGGUCUCAGAAUUCGAAAUCUGGUACAACGAGUCCUUCCUCAUCCCAGAGGAGGUCCAGGGAGCCCUGAGGCCUGGGGGGUCCAUAAGGCUUGGCAUGAUCCCCAUUAACAGAGUCCUAACUCUGGAUGAAGACGAACAGGAGAGGUUUGAGCGGAUGCAGCAGGAAGUCCUGCCGUUCUGCCCGGAUUCUGUCUCCUUCUACAAUGCCAAAGCAAAGGUGGACCGGAAGCACAAAUACGCUGGAGCCAUGUCUACCCUUGAGCAAAUGAGGAAGAAGCCCGGAUCCGUCCAAGCUGCGGUGAAGAACAAGCCCCCUUCCGUCCUCAGCAUCGUGUAGCAGAACCAGAACGUGCCGGGUCUUAUUUCUUACAGGUGGAACUAAAGAAAUGGACCCCCGAGCGUGCCAAAAUAUGUUUUGUUUUUCGGAAUAGGCAGAUAGUGUAACAAACGUCUAGGGAAUCUACAUUGUUAAUUAACACUUGUACAUUUCACCGAAUGGUAUUGACAGAGAUUGGCAAUAAAUUAGUGAGAGAAAAC